AUGUCAGACGAGGACGCUCCCCAAAAGCAAAUUCCUUUUGAUGAACUCGAAAUUGUGCACGUGCAAAGCCAGGACAGCGGCGGCGGUGGAGGGGCAAGGGGGUCGAGAUGGAUGGGUGAGUUCCCGGGCGAGGACUCAGAGCCCGAGCCCAGAACAACCCCCAAAACACAAAUGUUGGGGUGUGUCGGAGUUAACGAGUUCAAAUGUAUUCAUGAGCCGGCUCUUACCAGCCAGCUGGCUUUUAUGUGGGAGGUGUCGCGUGGGGGAGCGCCAGCCCCCUGCCAAAACCUCCCCCCCGAGGACUGGGCUUCCUGCCAGCUGCGAGGGUUGCCUUUCCUACCCGGCCCUGACUUAUUGCCUCGCGGUCGUGUGGGAGGAUGUGUCUCGGCCCGAAGGCCAAGAGCCCACCUCCCUGACAGUUCCACUCGAUGUUUUGCAAUUUGCAGGUGUUUUCAUUUCCCAUUUCGACCAGCUGUAGACAUUUUCCAUCAAGUCAUGGGGGUUACGUUAAAAAUCUUGAUUGAAAAAUUAAAAUCCUUUAUAUAG